UUUGUUAUAAAACAUAACAUUCACUUCCCUGCGCUACGGGCAUCCAGCAUUUUAAUUUAYCAGCGUACACUUCAAGAAAGCACCCAAAGGUCCUUCAAGCAUCACCUCAUGUAGGUUUAUUGCUCUGGAAGUCGAUUCAUAAACUGCUGUUCUUUUAAAAUGGUUGACAAACCGAGAGACAAGGAGAAAUCAUGGUGGCCGUGGUUAAUGKCUGGAGUCUGUGUGACGUCAAUGAGUCUUUCCCUGGUUUGUUUGGCGCAUUUGUUAAUAGUGCAGCAUCAUUCUUGCGAGUGCAAGCCUGUACGCAAUGGACCUUACACUCCACAAAAGCCUAUAGGACCUACAGCACGAGAACUUGAUAAAACUCAGAAAUUAGAAAGCGAAAAUAUUGACAAGAGUAUUACAAAUCCAAAGCGCAUUCGUAGGCAAGUUAUUGGAGCAAAUAACCUCUAUCAACUUCAGACUCAGAUAAUGAUGAUAGAAACGCGGCUCCGACUUAUGCAGGACGAAAUCAAAAGAAGUAGAACCGUUACCGGKCGCAGGGGACCGUCAGGGCCGCCAGGAAGACCAGGUUCAAAUGGUAUGGAAGGAAGACCUGGCAAUGAUGGUCCGAUGGGCAUACCAGGAAGAGAUGGUAAAGACGGCAAAGAUGGUUUACCAGGCCCGCCAGGAGCUCCUGGUCCUCCCGGUGUAAACGGGUUGCAGGGUCCUAGAGGAGAGCGCGGGUUAAAAGGAAUUCGAGGAGCAAUGGGUGAUAAGGGAGAACAAGGAUUACCCGGACCAAAAGGGAACCGCGGUCCAAGUGGACGUAACGGAGAAAGCGGUGAACCAGGUAAUCCGGGAACAGCAGGUAAAAGGGGGCAAAAGGGAGAAGCUGGAUCUACUACCUGUUACGUCACGCAAAGUGGUAAACGUGUUCAAAAGGACUGUUACCUGGCUGCGCAAGAUCCUCCUGAURCGAGCAACCAAGGAAAGAGACAUGCUGGAGUUAUAUUUGAACGCUGGGGACGGACAGCUUGUCCUGUUGGAACAAGAUCGAUUUAUUCAGGGGCGACAACAAGGAACUUAUGUGUGUAGAUCGCGAAGCACGUGGAAUAUUUGGAACCCCUGAUUACGUCCAACCCUUACAUGCUGACUGCAACACCUUCAGUUGUCCACCAUACACGGACAGAGAACGACUACCCUGUGUUGUGUGCUCCAUGUAAUCUCAACGUAAUAAACGUGGUAAUCGUACCAAAAAAGGAAUAGCCGACUUUUGAUAUUUCUUAAUCAUUGACCAUGCACACAAGGAAUUGCAGACGAGGCUGCGGGGAAAUAAAAGAAUAAAUCAAGAUUAUCCAUUGUUUUCCAGGAGCCGCGUGUGCGUUCUUUUGUACAUAGUCAUCGAAUCAAAAUAUCUAAAGUUGAUUAUUGAUAUUUUAUCACAGAAUAAGCACUUUAGCACACAGAUUGSUAUACGUUAUUACUUACAAGAAAACAAGGACAAGUCUACUUCGAAUUUUUAGGCUGAAAUGGGUAUUAUGUAAAGGGUGGUUUAAAUGAAAACUUCAGGCGGACUUUUAAAUUUUAUGUUCUUAUACGCGGGUUUUUACUUUACCUAUAAUACUUGAGUUGAAUGUUAUAAACGGCGUCAUACCCAAUGUACAAUGUAUAGGAACUCGCUUAGUAAGUAAAGCUUAGAUGUUUUAGGGGCCGGAAAUGGCGUCGAUUUCAUUUUCACAUAUAGUCGACAAAUGCAAGUUAGAUAYCCUUCAUGCAACUGCAAUACUAUUGUUUAGCCUUUUCGACACGCCCGUGUAUAUUAUACGGGUAGGGCAUCAAUAGAUACUUUAAAUACUUCAAUUACCGUUCUACCUUUUUCGCCCUUAUUCCCAAAUUAUUAUGCGAAAAACCGCGACYUGAUCAGGUGUUGUUAGCAUGUAAAUCAUAAGUGGAAAAACCGYUUGUAAAUAUAAACAGAUGUAAACGCCGUAAGUAGAAUAAAAACCAAUUAAUGUUAGUUAUU